AUGACAACUACAGAACGAGCCCCGAAAUCCGUUGAAGAUCUUCACAACUUGUUACAGAACGAUACCAAGGUCAAGGUUGCUGGUAUCGAUGUCGAUGGGAUCUUGCGCGGCAAGUUUAUGUCCAAGGAUAAGUUUCUCAGCGCCGUAAAGGGGGAAGGGUUUGGCUUCUGUAGUGUAAUUUUUGGUUGGGACAUGCAUGAUCUGGUCUACCCAAAUGAAUUACUAGUCUCCAAUCGUGCCAAUGGAUACCGGGAUAUACUCGCACAUAUUGACUUAUCAACCUAUCGCCGUAUCUCCUGGGAAGCCAAUGUUCCGUUCUUUCUCCUCUCGUUUCUUGACCCUGAGACUCAUGAGCCGAUUCCCGUUUGUCCACGAGGGACUUUGACCAAGGCGAUCAAGUCAGCAGAGGGCUUUGGAUGGGAACCUGUUGCAGGCGUAGAGUAUGAAUACUUUCAGUUCAAAGAAACACCUCAGACUGUGGCAGAGAAAAGGUUCACGAAUUUGUCAUCUCUAACGUCUGGGAAAUACUUUCACGAUCUGUUCGAUGAAAGUAAGAAGUUUGGUAUCGAGAUUGAGGGUCAUCACACCGAAACUGGGCCAGGCGUGUAUGAGACCGCGCUCGCUUACACUUCUGCGUUACGGAUGGCCGAUAAUGCGACACUAUUCAAGUUUGUGGCAAAAAGUAUCGGUAUGAAGCGGGGGGUUAUUCCUUCUUUCAUGGCGAAGCCUUGGGCAAAUUAUCGGGCACAUAGCUUCCAGGAUGCAGCGGAAGGGCGAACAGAUGCUCAAUCACAAGAUACGCGCUUUAUGAGUCAAGAAGGCGAGUGGUUCUUGGCCGGUGUUCUGGAUGGAUUGGUGGACAGUAAUCGUCCCGUUGGCAAGUGUUAUGCUUGCGGCAUACGGGCUCUGGGGUUAACUUUCGCGCAGCUCGUACCAACGAUUAAUGGCUACAAGCGGCUUGUAGGAGGAGAGUCGUUCUGGGCGCCAAACGCGGUGACUUACGGAUACGACUCGCGCGCAGCUUCGAUCCGGAUCAUAUCGCCGCCAUCCGUUCCGCCCUCUGCUACACGACUGGAAAUACGAGUUCCGGGCGCAGACAUGCAACCUCACUUUGCUCUUGCUUCAAUCUUCCGCCUAGGGCUGCGCGGGAUUGAGAAGAAGGUACAGCUACCAGGCCCUCCAAUCUCGGUGCUUCAACGUGAAAAUAAAGCACCCAUCCGCUUGGCUAUGAGUUUGGAAGAGGGAACAAAGAAACUUCUAGCUGAGAAUAGCAUUGCAAGGGAAGUCUUGGGCGAUGAUUUCGUUGAUCACUACGGAGGGACCCGUUCGCACGAAGUGAAACUCUGGAACGAGGCGGUCACCAACUGGGAGGGUGAGUCUUAUGCGUAUAUGAAAUUUCUUCGAACCUUUCUUAAUGUUACUCUUCUUGAAGUUGAGCGAUACCUUGAGCUUGCUUAG